UCGAGACAUGUUGAGUCAUGAACCACGUAUAUCCAAGUGUAGCUAUCUAAGUAGUUUUUGCAGUAAUGGGAAUACAUUAAACAGAAGGAGGGUAUUAUUUAAUGAUCAACAUUGUGACUGUUGAGAAAUGUUAUCGUUUACGUAGGAGUUCUCUCGCUCGCCGCUGUAGCUAUCGCGUCGCAUUUGCUUGGGUUUUUGUCAAAAACAAUGCUAUCUUAAUAUUAUCAUAUAUAUAUUAAAUAAGCGUUUAUAGUGAAUAGGUUGCAGUAGCAUUCGUGAAAUAAUCACAGUUUACAAGUCACUUUAUAUGUUUGCUAAGCUGAUUCGCUUACCUUCUGUACUAGCGGCGUUUUUGUUAAGUACAACUUUUGCCUCGGAGUUGGUGGUAAAAAAAAGUUGGUGGUGCGAAAACCCCCCAGAAUUGACUGAUUUAUGAUUGUGCUUUCGCGUUCAUAGCGCAAAGGAUUGUGGGUAGUCUCUCGUGACCGGAAGCACAUUCAGAUUCACUUUCUUUUUUACAAAAAAAGUAGCAACACAAAGUAAAUGUUGAUUUUUUUAUAGCUCAAACUGAAUUAUUGUAUCAUUCGUACAUAUUCGUGUGACUCAAAACAAAUGUACGCCAAUUAUGAGCACAAACCAAUAAGCUACAUAAAUAAUUAUUUUUUUAAUCACAAAUUUAUAUUUCUAAUUUCUCUAGCUCAAUCUUGAAUUAUUAUUGUAGAGUAUUUAUUUUUAUUAACGCUGCUAGUGCUGUGAAAGUUAACUUUAGACGUUGCAAUUUCUGCGAGCCUUUUGCUGGUCAGGCGACAGACCAGCGAAGAAGAAAGACAACCAACGAAGAAGAAAGUGCAAUCCGUAAUUUCUGCGGACAUGAAAUGGGAAGUAACAGAAUUUACAUUGGUAUGUUUGUUGUAUUUAUUUCCAUUGUAAAGUUGGCGACAGACCAGCGAAGAAGAAAGACAACCAACGAAGAAGAAAGUGUAAACCGUAAUAUCUGCCAACAUGAAAUGAGAAGUAACAGAAUUUAUAUUGAUGUUAGGCUGAUACCCUCCUCAUGAGCAAUGGCAACUUGGGUCAAAUCUCUCCACAGAACAUUCACUCUUCAACAAGCUUUUAGGCUUGUAGCCUCACAGUCCAGGUUCUGCAGCGUUACACCAAAAGAAAAUGAGCUCAAAACGUCACUGAAUCCAGAGAAUGAGUCUCUGCUGGAGAACUUGAACCUCCUGGGGGUUGACUUAAAGAUGGCCCGCCAGCGUCAGCCCGGGGUUCUCCGGAAGAGCUUCACCAACGAGCAAGGACUCGCCGGCUUCCUGCAAAGCAAAGGUGCCAGCCGCAAGAUAGUGGCUAGCAUCAUAUCACGUUAUCCGCGUGCCAUCACCCGUUCCCUGGAACAUUUGGAGCAGCGGUGGCAGCUGUGGAGAAACAUCCUCCAGACAGACGAGGAAAUUGUCAGCAUCCUGGAACGCUCGCCCGAGUCCUUCUUUCGCUCAAGCGAUAACGAAAACCUGGAGAAGAAUAUCACCUUUCUGUCCUCGCUGGGGCUCAACAAGAAGCACCUCCACCGGCUGCUCGCCACAGCCCCGCGCACCUUCUCCAACAGUUUGGAGCUCAACAGGCAGAUGGUGGAGUUCCUGGAGGACAUCUGUGUAAAGAUGGGAGGGAACAGUCCAGAGCAGUUUGCCAAAGAUGUCGUAUCCAGAAACAUAUACAUCCUCAUUCGAAGCACAAAAAGAGUCAAGGCAAAUAUCGAUAACCUGAGAGCUUCUUUGAAACUGAGCGACUCCGAGCUUCUGGCCCUGCUUCAAGGCCCUGGUGCGGAAAUUCUGGAUCUCUCCAAUGAGUAUCUGAAAAAUAAUUUCACCAGCCUCGAGCAGAAGAUGCGUUCUAACGGCUGUCGGAAAGCUGACAUCAAAAAACUGAUUAUUAGAUAUCCAAUAGUUCUGUACACUGGGGCAGCUACACUGAGCUCAAAGCUGGACUGUCUUCUGAAAGGAGGAAUUACAAUGCGGCAGAUAAUAGACAAGCCCAAGGUGUUGGACUACAGCACUCAGAACAUUACAGCCAAAUUAGAGGCGCUUCACAGAAUUGGAUUUGACUUCCAUGAGAAUGGUAUCAGCAUCUUGGACUUGAGUCGGAAGCGAUUUGAGGCCAAAUUGGAAAAACUAGUUGGUUCCCCUGGCUGAGUAACGAUAGCUGCUUUCAUUCAUUUAUUUCAUGUUUGUUUUUCAAUUAAAAUGGCUUCCAGAUAAUGUGUUUGGUUCCAGCUUGCUUGUUGUAUUGUACUUUUUAUAGUUGAAUAUCACAAUAGCCAUGUAUUCUCAUAAAUAAGAUCCUAGGAUGACUGAGAAAUUUAAUAAUACUGACGAUACGAACUGGCUGUACACUUUGACAGUGUAGUGCUGUUCCUAAUUGAUUACUGGCUUUGCACACUUACCGCAAAUGACAAAUGCAAUAUUUGUUAGAGGUGGGCGGAUUGAUCGAAAUAUUGAUACUAUCAUAAGUAUCAGUAUCAAUAUUUUCAAAGGUUUCUUCUGUUUAUUUUCACAAAUAUUUGUAUGUUUUUUUGGUGUUCUGUUCAAAUUCAAAUAUAUUGUUUACAAACUCAGGGAAAAUCCUUGGACACGAGGCCUUUGGAGGCACUCGCCAAAGGGCAAAACAAUUGUAUGUGAUAAAAGGGAUUAAUUUUCUUAUAUUGUUGCUAUUGCGAACUUGUCUUAUAUUAUUGUAUUAAAUAUUGUUAACUUCUUCAUAGAUUUUUUUUUGUUUACCUAGAAUAAUUAUCUUGCAAAAAGAGGCAUUUGUAUUGGCGAUACUGUCCCUGCAUUUACUUGGAUCUAUACCAACAUUUGAUGUAUCGCCUACCUGUAAUAUUUAUUCAGUUUUUCUUCUUCUGUCUUUUUUAAUUGCGAAUUGCAACCACCUCAACUUCCGCAAAGUGGCCAGUUGCGCACCCACCAAUUGGGCCCAAGGCCAUCAGGACCAAAAGACUUUGUAAUGAAUAUAACCUGAGAAAAUAACUCAAAGCCACCUUUAUUCUGCUAUCAUUACUGUUAUUGUUUUCAUAUUUUUAUUUUUUAUUAUUAUUAUUUGUUAUUUGUUUAAUCUUGUGUAAACUUGUCAUCCUGUUAGAUUGU